AUGAGCUUGGUAGAACAGCUGAUGUCAGGUAGCGAUCGAUGGGUCGCCCUACAGUUCGCCUUUUAUAAUACCCUAUUACUUGCGCUGACGGGAAUGUGCUUGACAGGGCUUUACGCCGUAUACAAAAUGAUGUACAUGUUUUUAACACCCUUGUUGUGGGCUACACUAAUUGGAACGAUUCUUUUUCCAUUCAAGAAAAGGUUUAACAGUGCAAUUAAUGCUUGGCUGUCGAGAGUGGAUAAUGACGAGACACCAUUGCUUGUAGCUGUUGUUCUCAUACCGUAUGAUACAUUUAUAAGUGCUACCGAUUUGUUCCUCAUUUAUCUGGCAAGACGCGAAGGAAUUAUGAUAUUGGGUGCUUAUUUGGUUUUGAAAGUGUUGAACUACAUUACGUUUGUCGCUUUAUUGCAUCUUCUUGGUGAUUUGUACCAGAAUACCGAUCACAUUAUUCUGUUUUGCACCAGAACUUGGGUUUCGAUUCUGAUGAUGCUCUACUUGGCUGCAUUUGUCGGUUGGCUUUAUGUGCAGGAGCAGCAUUCAAUAAAUAAGAAAUUGGCACGUUUAAUUUCUCUCCCUCUCUGGUUUUUCGGUAUAGCAAAGGUUUCCAGUUUUUUUGGUCCAUUCAAUGUUAUUGUUAUGAGUGGGAUCUCAGCAACUCUUAUAACCGUAGCAGCUGGUAUUUUGACUUGGGAAGAAGUCAAAGCAGAUCCAGAAAAAGCUGGUGGAAAGAAAGGUGAAAUGAAGAAAAUUCGAAGUAAAUUUAAUUCAGAUAUCAGUUCAAAGGAAGCUGAGCAAAAACCUGCUGAAGAUAACAAGGAAAAGACGCUCGACCAAGAAUUAACGGGGGAUUUCUAUCUGCAGGCUAUCCUUGGACUUUGUGCUUUGGAAUUUGCUGUGCGACAUGACUUUGUACCAGUUUGUGUGCUCUUCCUAGCUGUCUUCACUGUAUUGAGAAGAAUUGGUGUGGAAAUUGGUGUGCAAACUGGUCUUACAAAAAAGUGUUGCGCAAUUUGGGAACAGUUCCAUGAAAUCACGAAACAAUUCGUGCAUGUUACUGUUGCAGGCCCGCUUAGAAAUUAUUUCAAGUUCAUUUUUUCAAGUGAUCAGAUGAUGAAAAACUCGCUACGGAGAGCAGUGGACGAUUUUUCAACAGUUCUAGUUAUGUUACUGUUGAUUUUUGGAUCUCUUUUUGUCACCGUCUUAGUUGCUUUUCAAGUUCAUGGCGAAGUAGCUCAUCUUAGUAGGCUUGGUGCCAAUUUGCUGGCACAGCAACCCGAUUGGAUGUUAGAUUAUGCACGGGGUUAUACUGGAAAUCAACUAGAGAAAAGCGACAUUGACAAUUACGUUGAACAGGGCUAUCUUAAAGGACGAGAAUGGUUGGCGGCUAAUGUCCGCUCAUUUAUUGGAACACAAGAUCCGGUAAAAGGUGAAUUGCUUGAAAAGGAAGUGAUUGAGUUGCUGGAUAAACUGUACGGAAUGUGGGGAGACCGUAAUGAAACAAGUAUUUCGUCAUCUGAUAGUGCUACAAAAGACUGGAUGAGCAAUCUGGAAGUUUUUACAAGUAUAAGUACACUACGAGAGGAAAUGGUCGAACUUAUUAAAGCAAAUGUUGAUACAAUCAUGAGCAUUGCACAGUCGGUCUGGUCCUUCACCGCAGGCAAUAUAUCUACUUUGGGAACAGUUUUAUUUACGAUUCUUGCAAUUGUGAUAAACUUUGGGCUUGAACUUUUCAAUUUCUUCAUCGAAAUUACUGUUUUUCUGACAACCUUGUAUUAUCUGUUAGCUAGUAGCCAGGAUAUCUGGCUGCCGACAAAAUGGCUUAGUGAUACAUUGCCUCCCUCUCAUGAUACGACUGGUUCUGCCCGUUUAUAUAUCAUUCCAGCUAUUGAGAAAGCUAUAAGUGGCGUAUUCGUGCUGUCGGCAAAAAUGUCGCUUUUCUAUGUGUUGGCAGCUGUUUUCGCAUCAGUCCCAGUCAUUGCGCCCUGUUUUGUCUGCAUCUUCGGUUUUCUGGAGCUCUAUCUCGCCGAACAUGAAACUGCUGCAGCUCUCCUCUUUUUAUUGACAAGUUUGGCACCGAAAGUAUUCGCUGAUACUGCUUUCUAUAAUGAAUUAAGAGGAAGCCAUCCAUAUGUUACUGGUCUGGCAAUUAUCGGUGGGAUCUAUUGGCUUGGAUUACAAGGCGCUAUUAUUGGCCCAAUUCUGCUUUGCUCGAUGAUUGUUCUUCUGAACGUUUAUAAGAAAUUUGCAUGCGCAUAAACACACAUCAAGGAUAUUAGAACGAAUUAUUACCGUUUCUGCUGCAUUAAGCUUUAGGUUAUGUUACUUGCAGUGAUGCUUUUUUUCAAUUGAAUUUCACUCACUGCUCUUUUCAAACGAUCCUUUUUGUUGCUGUGUUAUUUUUUAAAAUUAGCUGUACAUCACGUCACGCAAUUUUCGAUUAUUUUAUCUCAUGCAUCGUAAAAUUUAUUACUACUUAAAUUUAAAAUCAUGUGCCAUAUAUUAGUAAAGGUCUUCGUUUCUGCCAGUGUAUGUAAGAUUAACUUGGAUAUGAAAAAAUCGUUUUCGCCAGCAAACUCUUUGUUAGAUUCCUAAUUUUAAUGUUGUCGCCAAUCUGGUUCAACAUAAGAGCAUAAUGGAUUACUUUAAAAUAGUUUGUCCUUCGGCAGUUGAAACGAGAACUUCAGUUGUCCAACGACCUUCUCGACUCAUCUACAAAUAUUAUCAAAUAAUGCGUCUUAAGAAUGUACGGUUUUUAACGAACGAAAAGUUUUGGCUAUUUUUAACGUGACAUUUUGAAGAUAUUGUCAUCCCUCAAACAGUAUGCUAUAUUCAAAUUUUUUCCAAAGCUAUUAUUGCUUUAAA